AUGGGCGACGAUGUGAUGCUAAAACUCAAAAUUCAUUUUGGUGGUGCUAUGAAGAAAGAGAAUGAGAGUUACAACUAUAUAGGGAAAUUGGGUACUCUGAGCGUCAAUUGGAAAGAGUCAGAGACUACAUGGGAGAGGUUUGGAGACUUCCUCAAGAACGAAGCUCAUAUAAGUACACCGAUUAUAAUUAUCUGGUACAAAGAAGUAGGGAAAGAAAUGAAUAGCGUAGACUAUGCUUUAGAUGAAACAGACAUGCUUUGUUUGGCUGGGAAAUCAUCAGGUGAGCUUGAUGUGUUUAUCGAACACGACUGCUCAGAACAUAUACCUGGAUAUACGAGCACUUUUCUCGUCGCAAGCAGUCAAGUUGAAGAAAAAAAUUGGCAUGAAGAUAAUGCAGAUGGAUAUGAGGCUGGUCAAGAAGAUGAAGAGGACAUGGGUGAGAAUAAAGAUAGUGAUGAUGAUGAUAUUGACAGGCCAAAAGAAGAUGAAGAACCUGAAGAAUCGGAGGAUGAAAACAAUAAAAAAACGAAUGUUGCUGAAAAUCGAUGCGAUGGUGUGACUGAGAAUCAAGGAAACAUGGCUGAGAAUCAGGGAAACGUGGCUGAGAAUCAGGGAAACGUGGCUGAGAAUCAAGGUGUUAGGUCUGUUAAAAGAGAUGAGGCUUGCAAAGAAGGAGCUCCUGUGUUGAAUACAGUGGAUGAAGGGGAUGAGGUUAAUCCCAAUCCGAAGCCUCCACCAAAGCCAAGGAAAAAACGCUCAGCUGAAACAAACUCCCAACCUGCUCCUGCAACAAGCUCCCAAGCUGAGCAAACAGGCGACUCAAGUUCACAGCCUCAAGUUAUUUCAAGUGCUCCGCAGCCAUCAUCAAAUCAACCACCAAAGCCACAUGCAAAAAAGGCUCCACGAGGAAAGCCAUUGAAGAUCAGAAAAACAGGUAACAUCCCACAUGGUGUUGGAUCGCUUUGGAGUCCAUUCACGGACAGACCUUUUGAGGUGUUUGGAAACCGUUUUUAUGAUAGGUCUACUUCAAACCCACAAUCUCCAGAAGAAACUUAUGUUUCGGAACUUAUGUUUCAGAAGAUGAUGUUCUUUUGGCUUUUGGAUUUGUUUAACCUCUCAAAACAACAAUGUCAACAAAAUAACAAUGUUAACAAUACAACAUUCACUCGUACAUAA